AUGACCGAGCAGGUGAGGGCCCGGGAUGAUGCAAAGAUGUCUCAGCUCCAGGUGAUGGAGGCGCUGCGAAGCGUCUCUGAGGCGCAGGACGCUGCAGAGAAGGCAGUCCUCUCUGCCAGGAAAGCCAAUACCAUCCGUUCCAGCGUGCAAGAGGCCCGAAACGAGUCCGACCGCGUGUACCUUGGCCUGGGUAUUCCAAAGGUGGGAAAGUUCUUCGACGCGACGCUGGUGUGA